AUGUACAUGUAUACCAACUCUGGGGGUCAGUACCUGCCAGGGACCAGAGAGGAGGAGGAGGAUGAUGGUGAUGACUAUGAGAAUAUGGCGCCACCUUACAAGGACCUUCCUCCCAAGCCAGAUUCAAUGGCUCCACCCAGGCCUCCCAGGGCAGGAAAUAAAACGGACAACCCCCCACUUCCCUGCAAGUCCCCAAAGAUCAAAGGCCUGGACCUCACCCCUGUCCCCCAAACAUCUCCUCAACUGGGUGUCAAUCUGGAGCAUCCUCCGUUCCAGCCAUCCCUAGCUAUAAAGCUCAGUCAGAAGUCCAGGUGUCCUGGAUGCUAUCAGGAGGAGAGACUGGUGGUGUACCUGUGCCUGCUGGUGGUGGUGUCCCUGGUCCUGGGCUGCACUGGUCUGGCUGUGACUCUGAUUAAGUACCAGGAGUUGGUGGAAGAGCUGAAGAUAUUAACCUUUCAGCAGAUGGCAUGGCAAACAAAUGUGACUGGCAUGGCAGGGAUAGCUGGCCUGAAGAAAGACAUUGACCACAUAAGAACUAACACCAACCAGUCCCUCCGAGAACUUCGGGGGUUAUUAGAUUGUACCAGGGUCACCUGCCCGGAGGGUUGGGUCCCUUUUGAGGGAAAGUGUUACUACUUCUCCCCAACCACCAAGUCAUGGGAUGAAGCCCGGAAGUUCUGCCAGGAGAAUUAUUCUCACUUGGUCAUCAUCAGUAGCUUUGCUGAACAGAACUUUGUGGCUAAGGCUCAUGGCUCUCCACGGGUAUACUGGUUGGGGCUGAAUGACAGGAACCGUGAAGGGGACUGGAAGUGGCUGGAUGGGUCACCUGUCACUCUGAGCUUUUGGGACCCAGAGGAACCCAACAACCUCUUUGAUGAGGACUGUGCCAGCAUGAACAAAGGUGGCACCUGGAAUGACCUCUCUUGUGACAAGACUACAUAUUGGAUCUGUGAGCGGAAAUGUUCCUGUUGAACCUCACAGCUGAGGGUGGGUGUGACUCUUUAUCCAGUGCUCCUUGGCUCUUGGGGGUGAGAACCUUCUGCCCUUCCACGGAGGACUGCCUUUCCAUGAGCCAACAUGGAUAUAGCUAAGAUGGAAACAGGAGCUUGGAUAUUGCAAGGCCCCUUGGGUGCAAGUGAGAGCAUGUCUACGGUGAGGAUUUGAGGGCUUGUUCCUUUUUGUUUCUAAUAUUUAUUUAUUUGGGAGAGACAGUGA